AGCUCUCUCAGCGCACUUGUAGUAGUGUGCACAGCCACCCUCGGAAGAGUCCAAUAAUAACACUGAGAGGGUUUUUGUUGUCUCGAUGGAAAGCAUUGUGACACUUACCAAAGUCUGUUAUUUACAUUCAAACCGCGACAUCUCGUUUGAAUAGUCACAAAGCUGAUUCGAAGAAGUAAGAAGUGAGUUUUCCCGCGGAGAUGAAUGAAGCUAAUCGUGGAAUCAUCCGCUGUUACUGUUGACAAGUUGAACGAGCGCGCCGCCGCCGCUGAUGCUGCUGCUGCUGUCCCUACAACUCGCUCACAGAGAGAAGACAGGUGUAACGCUGUAAAUUAAAGUCCAUUGUGAGUGGCGAGGAGCAUUUCGGUGGUCUUUCUUCACGUUUAAUGGAGGUUCUUGGGAGGAGAGCUCCAGUUCCAGCGAGCCCUCUCUAACAGCCUUAACCCACGUCCACACGCGCACACUGACUGCCCGACUGCCAACAUCAAAGCUUUUGCGCUCUCUCGCUCUCUGCCUUUGCUCGCCGCUGGGCACAUCAUCUGCUCCUGUCUGUCCGCAUAGGGGGAUGUCUGUCCUCUAACUGCCUCUCUCUCUCCACUAACUGAUAGCAUUUAAUUUUGUGGGCUGCUAUGGAAGACUAUGACGUGCCGUCAGCCGCUAGUAUCCUGGCAUCAGUCAAAGAGCAGGAGGCACGCUUCGAGCGUCUGACAAGGGCUCUCGAAGAGGAACGCCGCAAUGUCUCCCUGCAGCUGGAGCGCGGCAGCCUGCCCUCUGAUCGACUGCUGGGUGGCAACACAGGCGGAACCAACCAACCACUGGCCUGGCAGCAGAUGGUCAUGCAGGAGCAGAGCCCCAGUAACCAGACCUCUUUGGCCAUGAUGCAGGAGCCACAGGAGGUGGUGGAGGAGACCGUGACCAUAGAGGAGGACCCCGGCACACCCACCUCGCAUGUGUCUGUGGUCACCUCUGAGGACGGGACAACACGCCGCACAGAGACUAAGGACAAUGUGACUAAUAUGAAGGUCACCAAGGUGGUUAAAACCAUCACACGCCGAACCUUCCAGCCGGUGAUCCUGACCGAGUCCAAACCAUCCACUCCUGUUCCUCCAUCUACACCAACACCAUCUGAGACCAAACCAGUCACUAAAAUGGUCAAGACGGUGACGACACGAACAGUUCGGCAGGUGCCAUUGGGUCCUGAUGGCCUUCCUGUUCCAGAAGGAUCGUCUCCACUGGGAAGCUACACUGACUCUAUUGAUCGUCGCUACAUGAAGAACGGCGAGCGCUUCAUCACACCCCAGGCCACCUCCACACUUACGCGCUCAUACAAUAAUUACAGUGACUCCUACAACGACACCCCAGACACUCAGUUCCGCCAUUACACUCUUCACGAUGGAUAUGGAGACAUGCCUGACAAUUAUGGAAGUCUCUCUCGUGGGGUCAAUUACAGGCCCUAUCGGCCCUACAUGCCCACAGGUGGAUACCGCCCGGAGAACAGCUACACCCUUCCUAUCCGCAAGGAUGACUACGGCCACGUGGCACAGCCUCAAGUCCCAAUGGGAAGUAGCACUGUUGAUCUCAAUCGUUCUCAGCCGGAGCGCUUCCAGCCUGAACCCUAUGGCCUGGAGGAUGACCGCCGCAGUCUUGGGCCUGAAGAUGAAGAGCCAUACGACCUGGAGCCGGAUUAUUCUACUGCUAACCGGCGCACAUUGCCCGGACGCACCAUUCGAGAGCCACUGCGUAACGGCCCCCGUGUCAGAGGCUAUGAGGAUCCCAUAGAGGCCGAAUUAAUUGAUGAAAGACACCCCUACAUUCAUGGCAUGUACCCCGCACCUCUUGCCCAACCCGAGAGGGGCAGCAUGGCCAGUCUGGACCGCAUGGGUGGCCGUCGCUCACCCUCCAUCGACAGCAUCCGCAAAGACCCUCGCUGGAGAGACCCCGACCUGCCUGAAGUCAUCGCCAUGCUGGGUCACCCAAUCGACCCGGUCAAGUCCAACGCCGCCGCUUACCUGCAGCAUCUCUGCUACGAGAACGACAAGAUCAAAAAGGAUGUCCGGCAGCUAAAGGGCAUCCCAGUGCUGGUGAGUCUGCUGGACCACCCGAAAGCUGAAGUCCAUCGCAAGGCCUGCGGAGCUCUGAGAAACAUCUCUUAUGGGAAAGACCACGAUAACAAGGUGGCCAUCAAGAGCUGCGAUGGGAUUCCUGCUCUCAUCCGACUGCUGAGGAAAACCAAUGACAUGGAAGUUCGGGAGCUCAUCACAGGAACACUUUGGAACUUGUCUUCGUAUGAGCCGCUGAAAAUGGUGAUAAUUAACCACGGCCUACAGACGAUGACUAAUGAGGUCAUCAUCCCUCAUUCGGGGUGGGAGCACGAGCCCAAUGAGGACUCAAAGCCACGAGAUGCGGAGUGGACCACUGUCUUCAAGAACACAUCGGGAUGUCUGAGGAAUGUGAGUUCAGACGGCGCAGAGGCGCGCAGACGCUUGAGGGAGUGUGAGGGACUGGUGGAUGCUUUGCUGCAUGCACUUCAGUCUGCUGUGGGCAAGAAGGACAUGGAUAACAAGUCUGUGGAAAACUGUGUUUGCAUCAUGAGGAACCUGUCGUACCAUGUACACAAGGAGGUUCCAGGAGCUGAGAAGUUUCAGGACCCGUCGGCUCUACAGGCCCCCGGCUCUGCUGGCACUCAGAGGAAGAAGAAAGAUGAUGCAGGCUGUUUCGGCGGAAAGAAAGCCAAAGAGGAAUGGUUUAAUCAAGCACAUCAAGUAUGUUUGGAACAAUAUGAGGGGAGGAAAAACGGAGAGCAUGACAAAAACUAUGACACGUUGGACCUCCCCAAGCGCACAGAGCCCACUAAAGGUUUCGAGUUACUGUAUCAGCCGGAGGUGGUUCGACUCUACCUGUCCCUGCUGACUGAGAGCCAGAACUACAACACGCUAGAAGCAGCAGCCGGUGCUCUGCAGAACCUCAGCGCUGGACAGUGGACAUGGUCAAACUAUAUCCGAGCGACGGUGCGUAAGGAGAAGGGGUUGCCGAUCCUGGUGGAGCUCUUGCGUUCAGACUCAGACAAGGUGGUGCGAGCGGUGGCCAUCGCUUUGAGGAACCUGUCUAUUGACCGCCGCAACAAAGAUCUCAUAGGCAGUUAUGCUAUGAGGGACUUGGUCAGCAACCUGCCCAGUGGCCAGCAGCGGCCAGCCAAAAACCUGGAGGAAGACACAGUAGUGGCCAUCCUCAACACUAUCCAUGAAAUCAUCACAGACAGCUCUGAAAAUGCCCGCUCUCUCAUUACUGCUCAAGCCAUCGACAAACUCGUGGCCAUCAACAGGACCAGCCAGUCGGCAAGGGAGACCAAAGCUGCUUCCCAUGUUCUGCAGACGGUUUGGAGCUAUAAGGAGCUGAGGAACGCCCUCACCAAGGAUGGCUGGAAUAAAACACACUUCCAGCCGAUAGCAGCUGGAACUCCCAAAGGAUCCAAGAGCUGCAAGCCUGGCUACGACGACACCACACUUCCCUUGAUGGAGAAGAGCCAAGGCCACCGAGGGUGUAGCGGUGGGGAUAUGAUACCAAUGGACGAACUCGGUCCAGAUGGCUAUUCCACGAUUGACCAGCGAGACAAAGACUCCAAGUACAAAAGCAGUGACAUCUCGUCGGAUCUGCAGGAGCGGGAGCCGUUAAAGAAUGACACAAAUAGGAAACACUAUAUCAGGAGCAACAGGCCGACUGUCAGUCUGGUGGAUGCUUGUGAUGUUAAACCUCAGCCUGUUGACUCCUGGGUCUAAAUGCAUGCAUGGCUUAGCUAGCAACAGCGCUACAUCUUUACCACGAGUCACCACUGCCAUUAACCGCAGAGCUCACCGUGAUGUGGACUCAUCUCAAGACUUUUACCUGAAAGAGCGAGAGACUUUCAUUCAACAGCCAAUAUUUUGAGAUUUCUCAACAAGUGAAAAGAAAAAGAAGCCACUUCUCAUGUGUACAUUCCCACUGGAUGUAGUGUUUCCCAGAACUAAGGAUUAGCCGGAAUGAUGGACAGAUGGACAGAUGGAUUGAGUGAAUAUACAGAAAGUGCUGUCGUGGACGUGGACGUGUGCUGGAUUGAGGGGUGAAGAGGAUAUCAGAGAAAAAAAAAAAACUAUUUUUAUGUCAAAACAAAAAUAUAUAUAUAUAUAAUUUUUGCCUAUAUUAUUUUUGUUGUCCGUUUCUGCCUGAUUACUGUUUGUUUUGUGGAUUUUUUUUCCCCCAGAAGUGCAGUGAAUUGUGAAUUUUUUUUUCGUUCGAGUUUAAUUUUUAGCAAAAUUUUGGGUUUUCUAGAAAGAUUGAGGACAUUUGUGAAAGGAGGAAAAAAAAGAAGGGUUUCUUUUCUGUUGUUGUUCUUGUUGCUGUUGUCCGUUUCGACGGUUUGGGGGCACAUACAAAGUCUGGGGGUCUAUAUUAAAAUGCACGCUUUUGCAAUUUCUGUGUGCUGGCUUUAUAAAGCAAGUUUGAAGACAUAUUAUCACUGUGUUUGUUUCUUCUCACUGAGGACUGUUGUUGAAAAGCGGGUUUUUUUUGUUUUAUUUACUAAACGGAGGAGAGCUGCUGGUUUUCACAUGGAUUUGGUCUGCUUAAUUCCCAGAGGCAUGCUGGGCAACACUGGCACUUACCAGCUUAUGCUUUAGUUUAUUUAACAAGGGGUAACGAUGAAAACAAAAUCAAUAAAAAUUCUAUUUGUUAAUAUGUAGAUUGUGGGGACAGUAGGAGGAUUCAUUUGCUCCUAAAAAAAAAAAAAGUUAGAUUUUCAAAACAUUUUCUAUUUUUGUUGUUUUAUAAAUGUAUAUUAGGUUACACGAAUAAAAACAAAACAAUUCUUCAUAACAUCAUAGAUGUGAAUCCAUAACAGCACAUUCAGUAUUACGUAUUCAUAAAGCAUGGCCAUGUUUGUAUACAAUUUCUUAAUAAUAAAAUAAUAAAAAGAUCAUUGCUUUCGGUAAACGUGCAUCAAAAGUUUGUAGAGUCGAUUUCAUUGUCUAUUUAUAUUUUGUACAUCUUGUUUUGUUGAGCUGAGAUGCUUGUUUUUGUCACACUUUAUUUUAAUGGUCCCUUUCUUGAAUUUAAGUUACAUUGCAUCUACAUGCCAACUAAUUCUCAUUACAUUAUAAGUAGACUGUUCGGUUGGGGUUGGAGUUUUUUAUAGUCAUUGAAAUGUCUGUUGAAGGAGCAGUAUCAACAGAUAUACUAGUCUACUAAUACUCAAAUGGACCAUCAAAAUAAAGUGUUACCCUUAUUUUCAAUUUUCUUUUGAUAUAAUUGGAAAACAACGUGUUCAGACAGGUCUGACUGGCUUACAGAAUUUGGUCAGGAAUGAUGAGGAAUCAGGGAUAGAGGCUUCCUUUCAUUUCAGCUUUUAUGCAAGCCAAAAUAUUUUCACUUCAUCAAAAAAUGCGUGUAACAAACAAAGCAUGACGUGUUUUUUAAUAUUCGUUUGUUUAGAUUUGCGUAAUUGUAAAUUCUCCAAAUGUCGAUUAAAAGAAAUCCAGUGUUUUUCAUACUCAUAACCGCAUCAAACUAAUAUAAGAACGACAAAUGAUUGUUUCUUCGAAUCUAGCAUCUGCUUUCUCAUCUGAUUUCCAUCACGUUACUGUAUAACUUUCUGUAGCAAGUGUUUUUUUCCAUAGUGAUCUAACAGAAACUCUUAAUAACAAAGUAACUGUGUGUAAUACCGUUAAUUUUGGAAAUCUGAAAAGCGUUCACAUCCAGACUUUUAGCCUUUUGUAGAAUCAUUAUUAAUAAUUGAAUUGUCUGUUCCCGACUGCCUUUUUCGCAGAAAACAACCAAAGGAUUUUGGUAUCGUGUAGUACAAGAAGUUCCCGGAGUGUGAAUUUGCAUCACAUUGUAUAUUUAUAGAAAAAAAAAUUUUAAAUGGAUUCAAGAGGAACCUAUGUAGACAUCACUAAUUCAGAGCAUCAAAACUCAGUAUGUGUACAACUUGGUAGCAAAAGUGUUUGUAACUAUCAUGUGCCUUAACCUUUUUCCAUGUUAGAUGAAGACGAAUAGUGUGUUUUAUAUGUUAUAUUGGUCCCCUCUCUGUCUCUUUUACAUGCAAGCAAACACACACAAACACACACACACACUCCUGUCUCUGGCUCCUCACACUGUCACUCACUCUGUGUUCUCAAUGUAGUCUAGACUGGUGAUGGGUUUUGCCUUGUAUUACAUUGUAUUAUACACUUUUAAAAGAUAGAGACAUUAAAAAGGUUUGAUUAUAUAGUUGUUAAUGCUUUCCUAGCGCUCCAGAACAAUGCCACAGUGACCGAAUGUAUUGUCAAUUUUACUAAUACCCAGAAGAGAGAAUUGCUCUUGUAAAAGAAAAAAAAAAUACAGGUUUGUAGAGUAUCACUUUGGUGUGUUUUCAAUAAAUCAUGCCUGAAAUGAG